GCCGCCGCACGCGCCCGUUACGGAAGUCCGCCGCGCGACGCAACAAACAAACUUAAACAAAACAAAAAUAUAAGCAACGAAUACCUAACCAAACAAGUCUAGCGCAUUAUGUAGGCAACCAGUUGUACACUUAGCGGCCAUUUAAAAUAAAACAAACACCGAAUUCAAAAAUAUAUACAAACACACGUAUACAUAUAGUAGUUUAGUAGGAGUAACAAGACAUAUUUUUGGAUGUGUUCCGGGGGCAGCGCUUAUUAUUACACGUUCAAGUCGAUUAUCACUGUCAGUCAGUGAGCGUUUGCAAGUGCGAAUUUGUGUGCGUGUUAAAUUUGCCUGUGUGUGUCUGUGAGCAGUGCGGGGAAUGUUAAGUCGACUUUAAAUAACGUGCACAAAGCGUUUUUUCGUUCAGUCGGCGGCGUCGUCGUCUGUGCGUGUCAUUUGCGUUUUGCGGCGACGGCGGCGGCGGUAGGUCUGUUUUAUCAACCGUGCGUGUACACCUUAUCAUCGGACGUCCGUGUUCGCCUACGUGUGUGUGAAUCUAUAGUCGAUAGGAAAUUUAAAACCAAAAAAUACAAAAAGUAGUGAUAAAACGUAACAUUCGCUGAAAAAAAUAUAAUUUUAGUGUACAUUUUACACGGAUAGCGACCUAAAGGAUACAAAACGAAGGACAAGAAAGACGAUUGGCUCCAUCAUUGCCACCAUCUGCCUGCGAUGGAAGACGACGAUGACGAGACCACUACCUCGUUGUCGAAGACCUCCUCGACGGUAACCCUCACUCAGCACAACGUCUCAGUCUCACGUACUUCCUCCUCCUCAACGGUGGUCCAACACGAUGAGGAGCAAUCGGCACAUGUGCAUUCGGUCCAACCACAAUGUCAAAUCGUGACGCAUCAAGCGAGUGGUGACUCAAUGGAAUCGGAAGAGUCUACCUCCACGCGGGUGUCACCGCAUUACUCCAUCCUUAGCAAAUCCCCACACUCUAGUUCCUCCCAGGAAGAGUAUGAACCCCAUAAAGGGCAGUUUUUGUCCACGGUGGGUAUUCGUACAGAAUCAGCACGCAGUAUGGAAUCUUUAAGGACCACCACUACUACAAGGAGUUUUCUUUCAACUGGAGAUGUGCGUCGGAUGAUGUCCACCGAAAGUGUAGAAUCUAAGAGUUUGGAUUACUUAGAAAGAGAAGCACGUUUAAAGCGACAUGCGGUAAGUGGUGAUGGAGGUAUGAUGUUAAUGGGGUCAGAGGAUAGUAUAACUGCUGAACGAAGACGAGGCUUGUGGUCUGGAAGAGUACAUGUCCCUUCACAUCUAAGUCUACCACCUCCAGCUGGAUAUUUGAGUUUGAGUCCCGGAGAUAGAAAGUUGACCAUUUUAUCACCGCAUUCGCCAUUGCGAGGGCCUGAUUUUAUGCAUAUGAGUAUGCAGGGGAUCAAACAGAGGAGGAGGAAGGUUAUGUUACCGCGGUUGGUCUUACCAAGGAGCGAUUCGGAUAUCAGUGAAGUCUUUAGUGAAGGAUUUGAUUUUGAUGUGGAAAAUGGCGCCAGUCCCGGCCGUAGCCCGCUGGACGGGGCGGCCUCGCCGUCUGCUGGUCUGGUGCUCCAGAAUUUACCGCAGCGACGCGAGAGCUUCCUCUAUCGGUCCGACAGCGACUUUGAGAUGUCUCCGAAAUCGAUGUCGCGCAACUCUUCCAUUGCGAGCGAAAGAUUCAAGGAGUCAGAAACCGUUUUGGAACGAUCCCAUGGAGAAGAUCUCAUCGUCACACCGUUCGCACAAAUCCUCGCCAGUCUGCGAAGCGUCCGAAACAAUUUUCAAAGUCUUACCAAUGUGCCCACUAAUAAGUCUCGUCGUUCGUCGGGGGCCACUUCAACAGCCACCCCACAACCGAGAAAUGUUAAUCCUGGCGUUGCAGAUGAAUCAUAUAUGAAAAUGGCGAUCGAAACGAUGGAGGAGCUGGAUUGGUGUCUCGACCAAUUGGAAACCAUCCAGACGCAUCGUUCCGUCUCCGACAUGGCAUCACUAAAGUUCAAGCGUAUGCUGAACAAGGAGUUGUCUCACUUCUCCGAAUCCAGUAAAUCUGGCAAUCAAAUAUCGGAAUAUAUCUGUUCCACAUUUUUGGAUAAGCAACAAGAAUUAGACAUACCGUCUCUUCGCAUCGAUGAAGAUUCGGAGGCGGUGUCAAAGGCGGCGCCGCGCAAAGAGCGCCCACGCAGCGGUCAUUCGACCAUGUCGCAGAUCUCCGGCGUGCGUAAACCGCUAUGCCAUACUAAUUCGUUUACCGGCGAACGCUUGCCUCUGCACGGAGUGGAAACACCUCAUGAGGAGGAGUUGGGCAAACGUCUCAUUGAAAUUGAACGCUGGGGUGUUGACAUCUUUGGUAUCGGCGACAUGAGUAAUGGGCGGCCGUUGACGUGCGUCGCUUACACCACGUUUACGUCGCGAGACCUCCUUAAGCACAUGCUCAUCCCGCCCAAGACGUUCAUCACGUUCAUGAUGACGUUGGAGGACCACUACGUCAAGGACAACCCGUUCCACAAUUCAUUGCACGCCGCCGAUGUGGCGCAGAGCACACAUGUGCUGCUUAACACGCCCGCCCUCGAGUCGGUCUUCACACCCCUGGAGAUUACCGCCGCGCUAUUUGCCGCGUGCAUCCACGACGUUGAUCAUCCAGGCCUCACCAAUCAAUUCCUUAUUAACUCUAGUUCUGAGUUAGCGCUUAUGUAUAAUGACGAGAGCGUGUUGGAGAACCAUCACUUAGCGGUUGCUUUCAAGCUACUCUCCAACGAAGGCUGCGACAUCUUCGCCAAUCUCAGCAAGAAGCAACGCCAGACGCUGCGUAAGAUGGUCAUCGAUAUGGUACUCAGCACUGAUAUGUCCAAGCAUAUGUCAUUGCUCGCCGACCUUAAAACCAUGGUCGAAACUAAGAAAGUCGCCGGUUCCGGGGUGCUGCUGCUGGACAACUACACCGACCGCAUUCAGGUGCUCGAAAAUCUUGUGCACUGCGCCGACCUCAGCAAUCCGACCAAGCCGUUGUCACUUUACCGCCGCUGGGUGGAACUUCUCAUGGAGGAAUUCUUCCAGCAGGGCGAUCGCGAGCGCGAAGCCAAGAUGGACAUCAGCCCAAUGUGUGACCGCCAUUCGGCGACCAUCGAGAAGUCGCAGGUCGGCUUCAUUGACUACAUCGUCCACCCACUCUGGGAGACCUGGGCAGAUCUGGUACAUCCAGACGCUCAGGAUAUCCUCGACACACUGGAAGAGAAUCGUGACUGGUAUCAGAGCAUGAUUCCGCCCAGUCCACCCGCGGAGGAGGGUCCAGACCAACAAAAACCGGGCAUCCGGUUCCAGGUCACGGUCGAGGAGGGCGAGGAGGCUCCGAUGUGACGGAGGAUGGUGGGCCUCUGUAGGAAGCUGACCGAAAAGGUGCAGCAGUGGUGGCGAGUGCGGCAGUAAGGCGCUGGCGCCCCGCAUCGCCACCCCGCGCUGGCGCGGCCUUUUGUUAACAAAUGCUUGACUGAAUCUCGUGUACCCCUACCCCUAAACACUACCCCCGUAAACCAAACCCUCUACUGUUUCCCUUAGCCAACACACCAGCACCACGCCACCACCAAACCGCACGCGCACACCACCUCUUUCAUCCCCCAACAAACUAAUUAUGUUCUGGUCCCGUCGCCACACCGUAGAAUGGUGUCCCGCUCUCAGUACUGAACAUCUGUAUAUAUUUCAUAUGUCUGUUGGUGUAUAAUACUCAGCCCCCAUAUAUGUAUAGAUACUAUGUGUCAUGUCAGCUAUGUUACACAAGUAAAGCUCUCUCCAUUUUAAAAAUGA